AACAGAACUAUGCACGCCUUGGUGAACGCCUUCAUGCGCUGCCUCUCCUUCCUCUUACCUCCCUCUUGGCUUUGUGUCAGCUUUUGCUUGUGGGUUGGGAAUGAGUGCGAAGAGACGCUGCCGCGGCCCAAUCCCAGAGCUCGUUUCAAAAGCAGAAAGCCUCUUACAUAUGAGGAAGUAGCAGCACUAGCAGCAGCAGCAGUAGAAGCACAAGGAGGCUCCAGCCCGUCGGUCUCGCCAGGUCCAGGCUGCGUCUCGCUGGCUGCUACAAGCCCCGCUGCUCCUCAGGGCCCUCCACCGGGUCGGAUCUGGAUCGGGGGUCUCUGGCGAGCCGUGGAGCGCGUCUUCGGAGCCCCCUGGGUGCUUCUCCGCCAUCGCUGGUGCCCGAAGAAGCGUCGAGCAGCUUUACGCACCCCGUAUCCUGUCUGCGCCCGCGAGUCGAGCAAGAUUAAAACCUUUCAGGGAGGCGCUGCUGCUGCUGCUGCUGCUGCAACAACCGAGGCAGGGAAGGGAGCGGGUGGAAGCGCCGUGACUUAUUCGAGGAACAUGAGCGGGUCUGUGGGGAUCCCCAGUCCGAACCCGGCGGAGCGCGCCUCGGAUGCGUCAGCGGAGCAGGGUAUCGAUGAGGUAAUCACAGUGGAUCAGCACACGCAGGAGAUGGGGACGGUGACGAUAACAGUGGCCAUUCAAGCGGCGGAGGACGAGGAACCCGAGGAAGUGACACCUAAUAUUAUUGACUUCCUCGGAGGCAGCUGCAGUGAAGACGAAAUCGGAAGAUAUGACAAAUCAAGCGGGGCCGGGACCAGUGGAGGAGAGCUGGAGGAGGAGAGCUGGCAGCCCCCAGAUCCAGAGCUCAUCGCGAAGCUGGUGGCUCAGAUCGAGUACUACCUGUCCGAUGAGAACCUGGAACACGAUGCCUUCCUGCUCAAACAUGUCAGGCGUAACAAACUUGGGUUUGUCAGCGUCAAGUUGCUCACCUCAUUCAAAAAGGUAAAACACUUGACUCGUGACUGGAGAACAACUGCUUUUGCUCUGAGACACUCAAAGAUACUUGAGCUGAACGAGGAGGGGCGUAAGGUGCGGCGUAAAUCCGCAGUGCCAGUCUUUGCCAGCGAGUCAUUGCCUAGCCGCAUGUUGCUGUUAAGUGAUUUGCAGAGGUGGCCGGAGGUGGCUGCUCUCACCAAGGAUAAUGGAGGGAGCGAGGGAGGAGCUAAUCAGCAGGAGCAGCUGAUGAAGCUGCUGCUAAAAGCUUUCGGAACAUAUGGCGCCAUCGCCUCGGUCAGGGUCCUGAAGCCUGGGAAGGACCUGCCGGCUGACCUGAAGAGGCUGAGCGGCCGCUACACUCAGCUAGGCACUGAGGAAUGUGCCAUUGUUGAGUUUGAGGAGGUGGAGGCUGCCGUUAAGGCCAAUGAAGCUGUGGGGAGCGAGGAUGGAGGGGCCAGUUCGCUAGGGUUGAAAGUGGUCCUGAUUGGCACCAAGCCGCCCAAGAAGAAGGUACCCAAAGAACGACCACGUGAGGAGGGGGGGAUGCGCAAGAGUCGCUCGCUCAACAGCAGAGUCCGAGAGCUACAGUACCAUGGGGACGACUCGGCCUGCAGUUCCUCAGAGACUGAGAGCAACCCUACAUCCCCUAGGCUGGCCCGAAAGUCCCAAUCCUGCAACAAGCUCAGCCCCACCACUGCAGGCAUCAGCUUCCAGAACAAUCACCUGAGUCCCGGUAUGUCCCCGCGUAACAGUCCCUGGUCUAGCCCCCGUGGCAGCCCCUGUCCUCAGCGCAAAUCUCCUCACUCCCACAAGUCUCCCUUAGCCAGCGAGGGCAGACUGAGCCCCGAGCCCGGGCGCCGCUGGGCAGACUACUCCUCAGACAGUAGCCUCACCCCUUCAGGGAGCCCGUGGGUCCAGAGGCGCAAGCAGGUGGCAUCUCAGGAGAGCAGUCCGGUCGGCAGCCCCAUGCUGGGUAGAAAGAUCCAGAAUGCAGACGGCCUGCCACCAGGCGUCAUGAGACUGCCGCGGGGACCCGACGGAACCCGCGGCUUUCACUGUGUCACUAUUGGAGAGAGGGGAAAGACUGCUGCUACUCAGACUUGAUCAUGUGGAGCGUCCUUAUGCAUUCCUUACCCCACCCCCCACCCCCACCGAGAAAACAAAAUGAUCUAUUGGAAAUUUGAGCUGUCCCUGGCCGCGCCGCUCAGCCCCCAACCCCACAUUUGAGACUGUGUAGAUAUAUUUUUGUUGAGUGCAUCAGUUUUCAGUCUUUGUUAUAUUUUUAUACAACGUUUUUGAGUUACCAUGGUAACAUUAGUGAUUUACUAAUGGAAAUUUGAGUGAAUGUAAAUUGACGUUGCUUUGAGAGAAAACUUUACAUACACCAUGUCACCUCCAUUGCUGUCUCAACUUGUUCUACAUGGGGUGAGUCGAAGAAGGAGUUCCACCUGUUUUCUUUCUUUCAUUUUUUUUUUUUAAUUGAAAAGUGUCCUCUGUCUUGUGUGUGUAAAGGCUCACGUCAUUGUCUGUGGAUGGUGUAUUCAUGUGUAAAUGGCAUAGGGCACAUGGACUUGAUAGAGAUAUCACCAUAUGCCUUUUCUGUGUUUGUCUACUGUGAGUUCCAUUUUUACAUGCUAUUUAAACUGAGGCCAUAAUCGCUCCACUGCCAUAAAGGUUGGACAGUAAACUUGGACAUGAUAUGUUUUUUUUUUUGUUUUUAUUUAGCCUUUUUUUUUUUUCUUUUUUUUUAAUUUCAGUAUUUUUUCAGUACGCUUUGGCACUUAGUUGCAAAGGGUCUCUUCUAUCCCUGUAAAUGUUUAUUUGUUCAGCAGGUAGCUGCUUUAUUUAUUUUUUUAGCUUUUUUUUUUUUUUUUUUUUUUUCUGGGGCAUAUUUGUUUCCAUCAGUCUAAGCUCACAGUGAGGUGUGUGGGAUGUUCAGGUCAGGCAGAAUAGAUGCUCUUAAAGUAUGUUCUUGCCUUUACAUCUGAGCUUGGGGUAUUUGUACAGUGCAAUUCCUAUUGUACAAAUAAAUCACUAAAAUUGCAAUUGGCUUGACUUCUUUUUUUGUUUGUGACACAUUUUGAGGCGGUCAUGAUGGUCUGCACCAACCAUGAUCCAAUCUUUUAUCUUUUAUUCCAAUAUGUAACUAGGAUUAAGUGAGAUAUUGUUUCCUUGCCAAGACUGUAGCAGUGAUUUCAGACUUGGAAAGCAGAAUUGGCACACUGGUGUGUUUUAAAAUGGAUUGCGCAGAUGGGAGGAUGAUAAGAGAGUUGAUGGAUUAUAAGCUAUAUCAACCCUGUAUGAAAAAUAGAACAUUUACAAAAUGGUAGAAAAGACCAUUUGCACAAGUAAUUUAUUCAAGUUUUCUUGUGUCCUGUGCACCGACCAGAGAUGUUGUUCACAUUCUCAUUUUUUACAAUGCUGAAUGUGGAGGAUGCAAUCAGGCUUUUCUUGGCACAGAUCAUCAGGAAAACGUCAAAAAUAUCCUGAUCCACUCUGACUUUAAAUAUGUGACACACAACAUAACUGGAUGCAUACGUGCUCAUGACUUGUAGCACGUUUGACCCCAAUCACAAUCCAUGUGGAUAGGUCUGUCAGGUUUGUACAUCUGGACAUCCCCAUUCAUCCACUGUCAAGUUGAAUAGCAACUUUGAGUGAACAGCAAUAGUUAAGUCACACCAAAGAUCCUUGAGGUUUGGAUCCUGUAUUGGCCACUGGACAGCAUCACUGUUGUUUUGAAGACAUUCCUGUCUAGUUUUGGUUUUAUGUUUGGGGUUGUUGUUGUCUUGCUUAAAAAUAAAUCCUCUCUCACAGUUUUCUUUCA